AUGGUGGCUUCCGAGAAGACUGAUCCAGCCAUGGCUGUUAAGGGUAGUGGUUCCCUGAAGAGAAAGGCAGCUCAGCUUGACCUCGACGGCGAACCGUUGACGGAAGCAGAGGCCGCCCCAGAACAGGAGCAGGAGGCACAGGAGAAGGAGGAGCAGAAGAGCCCCAAGCCAAAGAGCCCAGCCAAGCCCAAGAGCAAGAGCAAGCCGAGCAAGCCGCAGACCUCCCCCAAAGCAAAGGCGAAAGCAAAAGCAAAAGCCGAGAGCAAGCCCCCAGCAAAAACACCCAAGGCCAAGAGCACAGCCAAAGCUACCCCCCAGCCGAAGGCCAAGAAAACUAAGCCGGGGAAGCAGCUCAAGGAGGUGGACAACAACAACAACAACAAGAACGUGACCAGACAGGAAAGCUUCGCUGACAAGGCUUUGCAGUGGAAGCUUGCAGCCGAGGACAAAGCCGAGGCCCACGAGAAGCCUAAGGAGGAGCCCGAGGCAGAGGAGCAGGACGGCGACGAGGAGGACGACCAGGGCGGCGAAAAGAGGGACCUCGCCAAGGCCAGGAAAUUCAAGAGAAUGUCCGAUGCCGGUGCAAUCCCGGAUCACAUUCAGGAGGUUCUGAGCAAAGCGAAGACCCGUGCUGCCAAGACGGAGCUGAUCAACGAGCUGUUCGACAAGAACGACAAAGGCAAGCUGAUCAUGAAAUCCGACAAGCCCGUGUUCGAGACCACGAAGCAGGCCAAGCAUCAGAAGUUUGGUCGAAAUGAAACCAUGGGGGCACCAAAGGAUGUGCUUUUGCACCGGGACUACCAUGGCGAUGAAAAGGCUUUGGAUGCUUCCAUUGCAAGGGGCACGGUGAUGGUGUGGCUGCAGGAUGGGGUAGAGUUCGCGGGCUAUCGGCAAACCGUUGCCGGGAUUGGCAAGACGGUGGAGGACAAGCACCAAGCGAAGAGUGGUGCCAAGGAGAUCACCGACGAGACCUUUCAGGCCCUCGACAAGGCCUUCCGAGGCAUGACCUUUUCGUUUGAUCAAGAUGACCAGCCCCGCCAGGCUAUCGCAGCAGAGGCAGCAAGCUCGAAGGAGCCCCCCGUCCUCAAGCAGUUCACGGAGUCCCAGCAAGCUUUGCUGGAGGAGGCCGCCAAAGGAGCGAUGGAGCGGCUUCAUAGUGCUGCUAUGAGGAUGAUUUCAAAAUGCUCGCAAGCGAAGGACAAGGAGAGCUUCAAGCCGCACAUGCUUGCUAUGAAAUCAUGGAUGGACAGGGACGACCACCUGUUGCUAUGGAAAGAGUUCCCAGACUCAGAGCGGCCCCUCACCGCUGCAACCUUCAAGGACUACAUGUGUGAGCAUUCCGAAACGGCGGUUUCCUUGAACGAGGAGUGCGAGAAAUUCAAAGCCCUCUUGAAAGCAAGGCGAGGUGGAGUGCAGCAGAGGAUCCAAAAAGUUGAAGCCAGAAAUGAUGCAGCUCCUGUUGCGAGCAAUCUGGCACAUGAGCUGUUGGAGCGAUGGUCGUGGGGCGAAGUGAGCCCUCAGGUGGUCCAAAAGCUGGCAGCUGCCUCCCAAAGGGACUUUCAAGCUGUCGGAGCGACACCGCCCAGCGAAGUCGCUGCUUUAGCUGGCUUGGGAUCUGCUGGUCUGUAUCCGAAUAAUAUGCACAAGGAGAUUCUGAAAAUCGCCAACAAGAACAAUGCUUUUUCGAAGCCCUUCGCUGUCAAAAUGAGCUUCAAGCCACCCUGGGACAAACUGCUUCAGACGAUGCUUCUUCCACAUGUGGUAUUUUCUGAUCUUUACCACUCUUACCCAGCCGCCUUUGCAAAGUUCAUGAUGCCUUCUGGAGGUAUUCAGAAACUUAAAGAAUUCUGGCGCCUUCAGAAGGCGGGUCAUCCCGCUUGGCGAAACCACCCGAUCGUCAGCAAGAAGUCCUUCGAUGCCGAGCAUACCCUGCCUUUACAGCUACACGGGGACGGCACCCCUGUGGUGGGGAUAGGGAAAAUCUGGAGCAGGCAGCUGACCUCGUACACGUGGAACAGCCUUCUGGCAGAGGGGUAUCCCGCCGGUACCGUGGAAGCCCGUCGAGCCGGGACGCCGCUGGCGAAUGGACUGCGAGGCAUCAUCUGGAGUUUGAAUGGCGAUGCCGAAUAUUUGGUGCAAAAGCUGCAGUUGCCGCAUUACGGAUCGAAAGCAUCCCCGUGUGCCCUUUGCAAGUGCAGAGGCGACAAUUCCGAUUCGAGCUGGCAUGAUUGCCGAACAAGUGCUCGGUGGCUCACGUUGGGAUGGACAAGGGAAUCAUGGUUGGCAUACCCGGAGCGAUCAUCGAGCACCAUCUUCUCCAAUGCCACUGGUCUCACCCCAUUGAACGUGCACUACGAUUACAUGCACUGCAAGUACUUGGGGGCAGAUCAGAUCAGCUUCGGGUCGGUCCUUGAUUUGUUGGUGAGUCACCUCAUGGCAGACUCACCACUAACAAAUCUGGGACAAUGCUGGGACAAAAUCGUUACCUCGUACAAGAGACUGGGAAUCUCCGAGAGGUAUAGAGGCUUCCGCAAGCUCACAAUGUUCCAGAGGAAAAAAAAAAUGCCCCAAGCUGAAAGGCAGGGCGGGCCAGAUUGCUGCUUUUGGCGAGCCCCUGUUGGAACUUUGGGAGGAGCACAUGCAUCCUGA